GUUACUCGACAAAAGGCACAAGAGAGAUAAUUGCGAUCGACUACAACGACAUCAUGAACAAGGAGAUGGAGGCCCCAAUCAGUGCUUCCCAGGGAGCCAUGAGGUCCCUUCCAGGUAAGCUGGAGUCGUUGCUAUUGGGACGCAAGCACAAUCUGCGGCCAGAAGAGAAGAACAAGCUCCGCAUCCUCCAAGGUGAUCUCCAGGGACUAAUAGACAAUUUCCUAUUGGAGCCAUCAGAGGUGGAGUCUCCUGCCUCGACGGCUAGCUUCUGGAUGAAGGACAUGCGCGACCUGUCAUUCGACAUCGAUGACUUCCUUGAUGAGCUCGCCGAAGCCGGCACCAGUGGUUCCAGGAGCAGCACCCUCCAGACACAAAAUCUCCCGCGUGUUAAGAUCUCUAGGUUCCCAAAGAAGCUGAAACGGCACCAAUGGAUCGCCGACGAGAUCUCAGAGUUUAGGACUCGCGUCAAGGAAGCAAUUGAACGGCACAAAACCUAUCUUGGUUACUGCAAGUGGCGGUCUAGCAGCAGCAGCUGUCAGCUGGGUGAACGCCCGCACUCCCCAAUCAUAGGUAGCAUUUCCCUUGUUGGUGUGGAGAGGUCCAUCAAACAGCUUUGUGGCUGGCUGGCUAACGAUGGACAGCCAGAGCACAAGGUGGUGUCCAUUGUUGGAACUGGUGGGGUUGGUAAGACCACCCUCGCGAAAGAAGUGUACCGUAAGCUUGAAGGCCAGUUUGAGUGCCGUGCUUUUGUGUGGGCGUCGCGAAAACCAGACAUGAAGAGGCUCUUCACCAGCAUACUGUCACAAGUUAGGCGGCACCAGCUCCCCGAUUCUUGCGAGGUGCAUAAACUAGUAUUGAAUAUCAACAAAUACCUCCAAAAUAAAACGUACAUAAUUGUAAUUGAUGAUCUAUGGGCAUCAUCUACCUGGGAUAUUGUUAAUCAUGCUUUGCCAAAGGGAAAAUGCUGCAGUAGAAUAUUAGCAACGACCGAAGUUGACGCUGUAGCUCAGGCAUGUUCUGCAGAUUCCUCCAAGUACAUGCCUUCAGACAAAGCAGGUAACUCUAUGUAUAUAUUCAAGAAGGAACCGCUUAAUGAAGAUGAGUCAAGAGAACUUCUUUUAAGUACAGUAUUUGGCAUUCAAGCUGAAUGUCCUCAAGGUCUAAAGGAAGUUUCAAAUGAAAUUAUAAAAGUAAGUGGUGGCCUGCCGCUAACAAUUAAUAUAUUGGCCAGCCUCUUGGCACGUCAGCCAGCCAGCAGCCUAGAGCAAUGGAAUUACAUAAAGAAUUCACUGAGUUCCUGUUUUACCACAAAUAAUAGUUUGGAAGGGAUAAACCAAGUUCUCAACCUUGGCUACGACAAUCUUACCCACGGCUUGAAAGCAUGCAUGCUAUACCUGUGUAUGUAUGAAGAGGACCGUGUAAUCCUGAAGGUUGAUUUGGUGAAGCAGUGGAUGGCCGAAGGUUUCAUCUGCGUGGUAGAAGGGGAAGAUGGGAAUGAAGUUGCACGGAGCUAUUUUGAUGAGCUUGUGAACAGGGGAAUGAUCCAACCGGAGGAUAUCAACUGCAAUGAUGAAAUUCUGUCAUGCAAAGUGCACAACAUAGUACUUCGCUUUAUUAGAUAUAAGUCCAUAGAAGAGAAUUUCAGCAUUGCAAUAGAUCAUUCUCAGACCGCUAUAAGACUUGCUGACAAGGUUCGUCGGCUCGCCCUCCACUUUGGCAAUGUUGAAGAUGCCACACCGCAAGUGGCGGCAAGUAUGAGACUGUCAAAAGUUAGAUCACUUGCCUUUUCUGGAUUGCUCAAGUGCGUGCCUUCGAUUGUUGAGUUCCGUUUUCUUCAGGUUCUGAUCCUUAAAUUAUGGGCUGAUCCUGAUAACAGUAGUGGAAAACUUAGUGGACCUGGUGACCUAAGUGUCAACAUCCCUGAAUCUGAUGACUUGACAGACAACCUCAGUGAACCUGAUGGAGUGAGUUAUAACCUCACUGAAAUUUCAAAACUGUUCCGGCUGAGAUAUUUUCAUCUUGAUGCAUGUUAUAUGAGUGUGGAACUUCCUGCCCAGAUGCAAAGUCUAAAAGAUUUGAUGGCAUGGGAAAUUGAUGCUGAAGUAAAUGUAGUUCCGCCAGACAUUGUUGAUCUGCGUGGCUUGCUCUACCUCAGCAUUCCUAGCAAGGCUCGUCUGCCCACUGCUAUUGGCCGCAUGACUUCUCUUCGCAGUCUGGGAGUUAUCGAUCUUGGCAAGAACUCAACAGAAAAUGUCAUGAGCCUUGGUGAGCUGACCAAUCUCCAGGAUCUUUAUUUGACAUGUUCCACAUUACAGCCUGAUAACCUGGAAAAUAACUUGGAAGGCCUGGGCUCGAUAAUUAGGAAACUAAGAAAUCUCAGAUGUGUAACUCUGGUACCUGCAGUCUCCUCUCAUAUAAACAUUCAGGAUGAUGCAGGUGCUUCAAACAUGAGCAUUUCCUGGCAUGGCUUCACCAUCGAGCCCCUUUCUCCAGCUCUUCUUCAGAGACUGGAGUUGUCACGGCGCUGCUGCAUCUUCUCCAGCCUACCUGAGUGGACAAAUGAGCUUACCAAGCUUUGCACUUUAAAGAUUGCAGUCAGGAAGUUGUCGAGUGAAGAUGUUGUUAUUCUCAAUGGAUUACCUUCUCUCACCGCUCUCUCGUUGUUUGUCUGGACCGUCCCUGUAAGAAGGGUCAUGUUUGAAGGUGGGGGAUUCUUUGUUCUCAAGUACUUCAAGUUUGUGUGUGCUGCACCAUGCAUUGUUUUUCUGGAAGGAGCAAUGCCCGAAAUCCGAAAGCUUAAGCUUGGUUUUAAUGCUAAUAAAAUGGAGCGAUGCAGCUUAUUAGCUGCUGGAUUCGAGCGCCUAACUCGCCUCAUGGAAAUCUCCACAAAAAUUGGGCGAGCUAGUGCUGAUAAAUGCGACAGGAAGUCUGCACAGUUGGUGUUGACUAACGCCAUUAGCAAGCAUCCAAACAUCCCCAUCAUCAAUGUACAAUUGGUGGAUUGGAACUUUUCUGGUGGUGAUGAAAAGUACAUGGAGGCAAAAAAGGAGAUAUGUGAUCAGACUUCAGAGAAACAAGAUGUGAUCGCAGGGGAAACCUCAGUUGAACAUGGAAUUCGAGAAAAGAAAUUGGAAGAAUAUGCAAAAAAAGAAGGAAGGGGGCCACUAGGAUUCGGAGCCCGAUUUGUGGCUUCCCAUCGGACCAUUCUGUAG